AAAACUGUUCAUUACCAGAUUGUUCAGCACUCCAACGUAUUAAUGUUUCCCUUUGAAAAUUAUCACUUUUUCUAAUAUUUUUUCUAAAUUUCCACCGCGUAAAGUGGCAGAAAAUCGUGAAUAAUUCCACCUUUCGGCCGGGCGUUGAUUGGCAGAUCCCGCCAUGUUUUAGUAUGUGUUUUUGACGCGGCAGCACUUUCGCCAUGCACCGAACGCUUGUGGACAUUUUCUCGAAUUUCUUCUCAUAAGGCUACAAUAAAUCCUGCGUACUAUGGAAGAUGUCUCAAAAGAUUCUGGGCACAGGCCUAGCGUUUCUAUGCCUUCAUUAGAUGCCGUCGAUGAUUUCCCGGCACAAACCGCCACUACCGAAGAAAAUAAAAUUUCCCCGUUUGUUAAUACCGAUUCGUUUAUAUCCACGGCUUCUACGGAAACUUUGGAAUCUGCAGGAGCGUCCAUAGACAGUUUUUCUGAGGAAAAUACCAUUACUGCUGUUGACAUCUCUGCUGAUAAUUCACAAUCACCGGAGGCAUUUUCUGCUGAGAGUUUGAUUGAACAAAACUCACAGGCUGCCUCAGUACCAAGUGAACAACAAAAUUUUGAACAAGAUAUUAGUGGCCAACCUUUGUUAGAGAGUGCCCCAACUGGUGAGAUAAUUGAUCCUAAAAUAACAGGAGAGGCUCCUCCUGAGGCCUUGGAUGAAGCUGAAUCUGAUGUGUUGAGGCCUGAAGGUCUCGAUGAAUCACAGGUGGAAGAAGAUCCCUCAAUUGCAAUAGAUCAAUUUAUUAAAAAAAUUGCUGAUGAACAACUCAGUUCUAAGAGAAUCGAGGAGCGCAAGGAGGAAGAGGCACAAGAAGAUACCGAAUUGAUUUUAUCAGACAAUAAGGGAUCCAUUGAACAAGAAGAGAAUGUUUUAACUCAGAGUAAUAUAUCAGAUAAUGCAUCUCAAAAUUGUGAGCCAGUAGAUAGUUCUCUACUGGAGGAACCUAGUACUGAGGCUGAUCCACUGGAUGAUUUAAUGACUCAAGAUAAAGCUGUAAGUAGUGAACCAGCUGCUGAACCCAUGGAGGUGGACAGUGAGAUUCAGUCUGCUGAAGAACCCAAGACAGACACAAAAUUGUCUGAAGUUGAUGAGCAGAUGAGUGAAGAUCAUGAUAACAUGGAGGCUGAAUCAAUUGAGCAAAUCCAAAAAGAAAUUAUGAAAAUGCCUCCUAAAAAAAUCACAGCUAAUGAAGAACUGUAUAAACCGCCUGAAAUAGUUAAAGAGGAAGUUAACUCCAAUGGAACUCACUCUGAAGAAGAGAACAUCGCCCAAAUAUUCGGAACUGAGGAACCGAAAACGAAAAUCCUUAAAGCAGCAUUGGAAAAUGAGUUUCCUACACCCACCAUUGCGGAUUCAGCCGAUGUGGCUAAAGAUCCAAAACUAAUUGAGAAAGCCAAAGAUGAAUUAAAAAAACUUGAUGUGCUGGUUUGUGGAGAAUGCCACACCACCUUCUAUUACAUUGCAGAUUUUGCCGAGCAUAAGAAAAGCGGCUGCUCUCAGAAGCAAGCGACCAAAGAUUGCGAAUCGGAAGGGAGAUCGCAAGUAUGGGGAUUUAUGUUGUGGAAAGUGAAACAGACAAUGGACCUAACCGUUGCACCCUCCGCAUGGUCGUUGUACGAAAAAUGGUGCAAGCUCCCUCAGGAUGAUCGGGAUGCCUGGAUCACGGCAGGGCAAGCAAUUCAAUUCGCCACAAAAAUAGGAACGUCCAAAGUGACUGAAGUGAAACCGGCAAAACCUGCUAAACAAACUACGGUUCAAAGGGUUACAAACCUUAUUUCCCCUUCGAAGGAAUCUGACAGCAACAAAGAAAACGCUACUAUAGACCUAGAGAACCAAGUAUCCAACAUUUUAAAGAGGGGAGAUUCAAAAACCACUAAAUUAAACAGUGAUGUUAGCCUCGUCUCCAGCGUUAAGACUUCGCCUACUUACGCUACUAGCGGCGGGCAGAAGCCUCAAAUUAUAAACGCAUCUUUAUUAUCAACUCCUAAUUCUUCUGCGCAGAAGGACGAAUUCGUUGUCGAGAAGAUUAUGGCCAAGCGGUUCAAUCCGAGAAAGAAGACUUGGGAGUAUAACAUUAAAUGGGAACAUUUUGGACAUGAUUCAAACACGUGGGAGCCGGUAAGCAACUUGAGUCAUUGCAAAAAGAUGCUGGAACAGUUCGAGGAGCAACUGAAAAAGAUGAAAGAAGAGAAGGCGAAACAGGCCGCCCAGUCCACCAAGUUGCGCGGCAGACCGUCGAAUCCAAAACCCGGUGUCGCGUCUGCUAGUAAUUACGUACCGAUUGCUCCCAAGAUAGGUCUUCCUACCAUCAGCAACAUCGUUGGAGGCGUUAGUGACGAUUAUGGCGGCGUGUCGAGUAAUAGACCUCAACGUUCUUGCAAACAAAAAGCGAUGAACCAAGUAAAAGAGUGGUGCGGAACCAUAUCGGACGAAGAGGGUGGUGUGAAAAGAAAACACGAAUCGGACGAAAGUGAUGAUGAUUUUGACGACAAAAGGAUCAAAUUGGAAGAGGAUUCAGACUUUUCUGAUAAGGAUGUCGUUAAAGUGAAACCAACUCCUGUUAAAAAAGUCACAAUAACGCCAGUAAAGUCCACAUCAAAAUCAACGAGCUCAGUUAAAAACGGAAACAACACCCAACAAGUUUUACCCUCGAACAUUCUGAUCCCUGAUGCUAACGGAGUCGUCAGAAUUAACCAGAAGCAGCUGCCCUCUCUCAGCUCGGGAGUCUACAUCAUGUCCAAGACUGCUGGAAUCAUCAAACUGGACUCGACAACGUCCAAAGUAGCAACUAGCGGCGGGCAAACCAUAGUCAAAGUCGCCCCGAAAGUUGGACAGACUCAGAUUAAAAUUGUUAAAAAGGACGGAAAUACGACCAAGCAAAUUAUACAGGUCGCUCCGAAAAACAGCGGCAGUCUUACUUCGCCCAUUAAAAUUGCUCCUAAACCUUCGAGCAUGGUUACCAGUACACCUAAUAGAAUAACAUCAUCUCAGAUGAAAAUGCGAAAGGAAAUCAAAAAAGGUACGCCCGCCGAUACCACCCCAAGAAUAUUGCAAAAGAAGGUUAUCCCGCCGGUAAAAGAGUUACCGAAACCAAAAGAACCCGAGUCUGAUUCGGACGAUGGACUGGAACCGUUACCGUUCCCUAGUCCGGACGAACCCAUUCCCGAUAUGGAUGAAGAAAAGGAGCCGGAAGAUUUCAUAUUGGAUCCCGAAACAGGGAAAAUUGCUGGUGUGGAAUAUGUAGACAAACCGGUCGUUAUCAAGGAAGAACCAAAGCCGAAACCGAUAACUUCUACCAGUCACGAGCUGGAAAAUAUCGUUAAGUUGGCAGCGGCGGAUUUAUCAGAUGACGAUCUUCAAAAUAGUGACAGUAUGGAUGAAUCCAUGUUAUCGUUCGUCCCAGAAAUUAAAUCGGAACCCAAAACAGAGUCGACGGUUACGCGCAAAGUGCCGAAAUACGUUCCCUCGCAGAACCAAUCGAUCUUGAACAGAAGUUUGACCCAAGGUCACCAAAAACCACUGGUGACUCCAUCUGCCAAAUCGGUAAGCCUGCAACAGAGACGUCCGGUCCCGAAAAUGACCACACAGAUCGUGCAACAGAGGGCGCCAGCUCAACCUAGGACGGUCGUAAGGCACGUUAUCGAGCCAUCCAGACUUGGAGGUAAUGUCAAUGUUAUCCGGAAAACAGUGACUUCGACGCCGAAACCGAGGAGCAGUCUGCCCAUGCAAAAACCGAUGGCUUCUCCGCUUCAGCCCGCCAGGACAUAUUCGGCGAUGGGAGGCAUCAGACAGUCCAGCGCCGGAAAUAAGGUUCAAGUGUUUUCGUCAAAAUCGAAUGUUGCCGCCAGCCACACCACCGCACAAAUGCAGGGCGGCAUGAGGAGAAUCGGAAAUACCAUCGUUAGGUCGUCCAACAACCAAAUGGUCCAAAGGCAACAACAGGUGCAACAAAAACCGAUCGCCAGAAUUGUACAAAGGCCAAUUGGCAGCCCGGUAAAGAAACCGAUGAUGCAACAAGUAACCAAAACCGUAUCGCCUACUAAACCUAAAACGGUCAUUAGUAUGCCAAGUUUAACCGAUGAUGUCUCCUCUUCGCCGAAACCGCAACAGGCCAAACCUGUACAAAAACCGAUUGCGGUACCCAAACCCGCUCCGGUCAUUAAACAGGAACCGGUACUCAAAAUGGAGAUGCCGGAGGAACCGACGACUGCAGCCGAAACUGCCGACGCGGAACAAACUGAUUGGUCAACAUUCACCAUGGCGGAUGGUGAGGAUCCGAUAUAUGUCACCGGGGACGACGGUACGAUAUAUCAAGUGGCCGGGCGUAAUGAACAGGGCCAAACCAUCUUAAUAACACAAGGCCCAGACGGUCAACAACAAUGCCUAUUAGUCACAAAUGAAAUAAGCGAAAUGACCGCAGACGAACCGCAGCCCAGUACUAGUAGUACCGCCACUACAGUGACGGCUCCCGUGGAAACCACUGAAAGUGCAAUUACUACUACGGUAGAAGCUCCAAUGCCAGAAGUGCCAGUUGCUCCAGUUUCGGUAGGUGAGCCCAUGGACGAAAGUAAUUUGCAUACGCCCCUUCAAAUUAAAACCGACGCGGCCGAAUUGGAGGAGGAUGAUGGGAUGCAGGACCAAGUUGUCGCGCAAGUUGUUAGGGCGGAACCUCCUAGUCCGGGUGGAUCACAUAAAGUGGUAGUGAUGCUACCAGACGGUAAUUUAAUGGUGACGAAAGUAUCUCCAGAGGAGUUUGCUAGUUUAGAGUUAGAAUAAAGCUAGAUUUUUUUAUACGUUUAACGUUGACUUUAAAAGUUUCAUCUAUUUGUAAUUUCAUCUCGGAUCUUACUUUAUAGGGGUUUAAAGUUGUUUUUGUUAUAAGUUUCUUUGGGUUUCAUAAGAUUUUAAUAUUUUCUGAAAACGAUCUGAUCACCCUCCUACAUAGUAAGUUCCGAAUUUUAGUUUUUGUUGAUGUCUCGACCUGUUCUUAAAACGUUAAAAUAUAGUCUGACCGGCGUCGAGUCAUUCAAAUUUCAUUUUUAUCAUGUUAUAAACUUGUACAAAUUACAUAUUAAUAUUAUUAUGUAGGAUAGGAUAUUUUUAGCUUAUAUUAUUAUUACCUUUUCUUAGAUUUAUAGCACAUGUUUCAUUAAACCGCAUAUGCGAUUGUUUUGUGGUAAAUGUUUCUUUUUCUUUCAAUUUUCUUUUAAGCUGAGGAACGAGUUACUUUUGAACACGUUGCAAUAUUAGAUGCAACGGCAGUCAAAAUUAUUGUACAUUUUGUUUGUAUGUACAUAUUGCCCCAACUUUAACAUGUAUCACUGGGUAUCAUUGUCAAUAAAUGAUUUUAGUAUCUUGAA